UUUUGACAAAGCAAAUUCUGUGCGAGGCGCAGAAACUGUAGAGUGGUGACACCUCUAACGAGUGAUUAUUUGUGGAGUAAAUGAGAAAUACCUCCAAGCUUGCUGCGCCGUGUUGAUCCUUAGCUUCGAGAACAAUUCAACUGGAUGGCAAGAACUGAACAACCCAUGUUCGAGAUGGAAAUUUCUAGGAACAUCCACAAUCGGUCUGGUGUUUUGUUUGCCUUUGAUCCUUGACUCUUCUGCAACUGCUCACCUACUCAGGUGUUGGGAAGGAUGUGAGUCAGUUUCUGUUGUGUGUGCGUACCCACUGCCCAGUGCUUACAACUCAACGCACUCUAGCGGGUAUCUGUGUUUUCAGCAUGUGUCACUUGGCUUGAUCGACGAUCGUAUGUCUCACUGGCCCAUAGGCGUCAAACAACACUCGCCGAUAGGUCGUCACUUGCGGAGCAACGCUCUGGGCGGUACGGGACCCAUCACGUCGUAAUCACUGUUUCAGGCGGUCCCUGUUUUCAGUCAACUCCCCCUCCCCCUCAAUGCUGUCCGGGACUUUACGCAGCUGUCUCCGGGGUGUCUUGUUGUCACGGUCUAUAUGGGAGCGGCUAACAGUUGUAUUCGUCGUUUGUCCUUUUAUCUAGCGGCUCCUUUCUGUCAUGGCUUGCUCACAUGAUACAUCCGUGAAUGUCUAAGUGCAUGCAUCUAUGUAGAGAUACGUAAUCGAUCAACAUAGACUGCAUGUCAUGCACGCUUGUAUAAGCGUACGCUUCGUCAUACAUGUGUGCUUGAGUUUCUCUUCCUGAUGUCAUUGUCCCACACUGUCGCACAUCUUAGGCGACCAGGGAGCCUGCGUCACCUACAGAUAUGCCAGGAAAUCGGAUGUGUGGGGAUAGCGGACGCAACCCCAGCUUCGUCAUCCUUGCAACUCAGUCUAUCGCGUAUUCGGAACAAUGGUAAGCCUAAUAAGCCUCUGCUGUUCGCCUCUGGCGGGCGGCUGGCCAGUGUGAGGAACAGCGAGGAGAAAGUUAUGCAGGGCUCGUCUUCGCUAGUGUGCAAAAGAGAGACCCUUGGGCCUGCUAACAGAGGCGGAAGAUCAAUUGCCACCCUCGUAGAGAGGUCUCUGGAGAAACACAAAGACAGGCUGUUUGAUUGCGGGGCUUCUGGUCAGCCAGUCACAUACAAAGAAGUCGCCGAGCAUGCCAGAUCAAUUUCUGAAACACUGAAGGCUGCUGCGGCGUAUUUGCACGUGCCACUGACGCUGCCGUCAGCUCUAGGACGUGCAGGUGCUGACGGCCAAGCGCGCCAUACCGCCACCUCAACCGAGGACUGUACCGGCUCGGCGAGCACGUUAAAGUGUCGCGGCAAGCCCCUUAACCGACCGACGAUUGGGCUAAUCGUGCCGCCCAACAGUGUUGCCAUUCUUGCCCAUCUAGUUGGGGUGUGGCAAUGCGGAGGCGUAGGGCUGCUGCUUCCAUUCCCAGAUCCAGCAUGUCUGCCAUUCGUGGCAGACAGCACGGCUGCUGCUGCGGCUAGUGCAGCUAACGCUGCCGUAUUGUUCGCGAAAGGAGGAAAGACGCUGCACACGUACAGACCGGAUGCCUUAUUUCAAGGAAAUACUGGCCCGAGCGUUUACGCCAAAACCGUCAACCCGAAUAGUCUCCCGUUUUUGAACUCGCAGAACAAUGCGCAUAACCGGAACGGUGUAGCACAGUUGUGGGAGUACCAGGCGGCGGAGAGUCGAUGCCACCUCCUCGUCGUGACACCGGAAGUCGCCCCCAUGGCUGCGGAAGUCGCGUCCAAGCUGUCAAUUCCAAUUUGUGUCCUCAGGACAUCCUGGGUGCGAAAGUCAGACGGAACGAAUGGUGCGGAAGAACAACGGGCCCCUGAGCGUGAUUUGUGGUCAGUGAGAGGAAGGAAUAAACUGGAGGUAAAGGCGUACGUCCCUGAAGUCUUUCACGACUCGAGCCGAACGAGCAGAAACAUCACAAGGUGGCAGCUUCUGGAGGUGACACCACACGAAUGCACCCACGCAGCGGCAGACGAAGAAAGCAUUGCUGAGGUGGCUGCCCCUGCUACCCACUUUUUUCAAGGCCCAGCCGCCCAUGCUCCGAGAGCUGUUAUUUAUUCACACAAGGCUUUGUCGGACCAGGUUAUCAGGAACAAAGAUCUUCUUCAGCUGAACGCCGAGGAUCACGUCGUUAUCCUGCACCUUCCAUUUUUUGGAUCUCACCGUAGUGGGACCGGCAGCCAGGCUAGCUCGCGGAUGCUGUGCACUCCAAAGGGCCUUGUUGCUGUUGCCAUGCCGGCUGUGGCGGCGGGCAGCACUCUUUCCUUUCUAUCUUCUUCAGACAAGAUUCAGGACAGUUUGCUGCCUUUGCCUUUACAACUGCAAAGACUGCAAGACCGGUUACCGCAGAACGAAAAGAUCCCUCGUCAGCCUGAGCAGCGUCAAGCUUUGCUGCCGUUAGGAUGCGACAUCCCCGAAAAAACCCCUUGGCGUUGUAGCGGCACGACGACCAGAGGCCCUUUGGUUCCAAGGGGCAAUCAAGAAGGUUUACAAGUCGAUUUCACUGGCGCAUAUGAGAACACACUUGAGGUCAACGCGCUACAAAUGUGGGAAAAAAUCGCUUCUUUGCACGAGGACGGGCGUAACACCACCCGUAGCCGGAAACAGCGGUUUACUUCGCGCGACAAAGCAACGCCUGAAUUGUCACGCCAAGCCACCGUUCUCGCUAUGGACGCUGAGACGGCGGCUACUAUGGUGCAGGUUAUUGCAACGGAGCGAUUCCAAAUGGAAGGCACCAAUGAAAAAGCACAUGCCUCUGGAGGUAGCGACGCAUCAAGAUUUCCUACUAUAACCUCUAAAGAUAUUACGCGCUACAAAGCAGCGGUAAAGUCGCUCCGGCUGAUUUGCAUUUGCACAGAUGAGGGAGAUCUGGGUGCUUCGUUCAGCGGUCGAUGGUCGUCAUCCAACAAGGGAGGAGGCAUUCGGAUCCAGUCUCUGCUCCGAAGCUUGCAAGCGCUUGCUGGCCCAGAUACCAAAAUUCUUCACCUCUGUUCGCUGACAGAGACAGGAUUGUUGAUGGUUGGCGGGCCGCUUCCGGAUGGCAGUCCGGGAUCGAGGGAGCGUGGAGAAAAAUCAGACUUCGGAGAACCUCUUCAGGAUCAUCUGUCUACAGGAUGUAAAGAUUCCAAGACCCAAUGUCUUGAUGCAACUGACGGGGAAGACCGUGCGAAUUUUACCGGAGUUGUUGCGCCGGGAAUCAAAGUAGAGAUCGACGACGAAACGGACCAGCUACGAGUGCGUAGUGGCCACAUGGCCAUGGGCUUUCAUGGUCGACCUCGGUCAACUCAAGAGUCUUUUGAUUCUGCUGGCUUAUUCCGAUCAUCGUUUGGAGGAUCUCUGGUAACUAACCGCAGGAAUGAUACGGACAUCAUUGGCUGUGAUAGAGGCGAGGCAGAGCAACGUGUAGAGUUGUUCAAGUGCGUGUAUAGUGCAGCAGUGCCGAGGCUGCCUCUGCUACAUCGUCUCAUUGCCAGCUUCAAGAACAGUCCGAAAAUGGAAAGUCACAUUGAGGGCUACGUCAAAAAGAAACCCAUAGCAGGAAGAGACUGGAACAACUUGCAUGCACCCCGAAAACACUGGAAGAAGAUGUUUUUAUGAGAUUGGACGCGAACAUUUUUCAAUGUAUACAGCGUUAUGCCUUUUCCAUUCAUUGCGAGUCAGGUUGUGGCUGAAGCAACCGCAGCAAUUUUCCUGAACAAUAUGGGCAUACGCCAUUCAAGAGUUUUUUUACACGCUGCGGAGCGAUCGAUGCUCGUGACUUCUCGGGUGCUGUUUUAUUGUUUUUGCGCCAAACGGAUGACAACAAAAGGGACCUGAGUCGCCACCUGCCCCCCCCCUCCCCGCUGCGGUCUCUAGCAAUGGCAGUAGUGAGUGGUCUCCUUACCCAUCAUUGUUCCAGAGGUUAAGUGGUAAUCGAGUUUCAGUGGUACAGUCUUCAACAGCUUACACAGUGAUUCACUGGCAUUCCUGCUUCCGCGAAGCACAGUGAUUGGCCGAGCACUGCAGGUAUGGGCUGGGGUUUCCGGAACGGCAUGCACGGG